AUGCUGCCAAUCAUUCUCGCGACCUUUGCCGGCCUGGCUGCGGCCCAAUCCACGCCGUGGCCCAAGUUCGGCAACUGGACGGAAGCCGUCAACGGCUACGACUACAUCCUAUCAGGGCCCGCAACCCUGGGCAAGAAGACCGAUUUUGAACUGGAACGCUGCCAGUAUGUCUGGAAGGACCUCAACAAACGCAUGAAUGCGACCGAUUAUUCCCUACCGCCACCGUACCCAGCCGAGCGCUGCAUGGACCGGCUCUUCGAGCGCAAGUCCGCCAUCGGCGACGGGGGCUUUCUCGACAUCUUCGCCAAGGACAUUGAGGAAGCCAGGAGGUUCUGGUCCGACGUGAACGACAACUCGACGCUCGAAGACCCGGCCACAUGGAAGGCUGUCGAAUGCCGCGCCCUCGUCCACCUCCCCAACGUCACGGCCUGGGCCUUCUCGGCGUGGUCCGCCUCGCCCUUCGCCGACGCCGCCAACAACCGCGGAAACGCGGAGCACUACUUCAAGUACUCGGACCACAGCGGCGCCCUGGGCACGUCUCACAUCCUUGAGGGCUGGGGCGGCGUCAUCACGAACUUCAGCAUCCCAAACUACAGCCCACAGACUUGCGCCGAGCGGCCUAUGGUCCGCCCGCUGCCCGAGUUCGCCAUCAAGGCCUGUGGCGACAAGAAUCUGGUCGACGAGCAGAGCACUACCUUUGGUAUCCUCAACAUUGCUGCCCGGGAUGUGCUCGGGUGCGACGGCAAGAAGAGCGUCGACAUCUACGCGUCGAUCUGGUACGGGAACGGCAUCUCGGAGGAGCAUCUCGAGGCGGAGCGCCAGCACGUCAUCAUCGAGAUUGUCAACAUGAGUCAAAAGGCCCAGGAGGACAUUGAGAGCGGCAGAUUUGCAGUUCCUCCGCCCCCGACCUCUUGA